AUGUACCACCAUCGUGGUUGUGUUGUUGUUUUAUGUAAGGAGGAUAAAUGUGGCAAAGCAUUUACCGCAUCGCAUCAUCUCAAGACGCACAUCCGGACGCAUUCGGGCGAGCGACCGUUUGCCUGCAAAAUCAACGAUUGUAACAAAACGUUCAGCACACCGCACAGCUUGAAAACACACUCGAAAACUCACGAGAAACCGAGGAAGAAAUCCUCCAAGUCUGGCAAGGUGAAGAAAGUUCGCUCACCGCCAACGAGCGAACAGGAGACAGACUUUGACAUUGUGCUUAUUGAGGAUGAUAAUGGUGCACAAGCGAUCGAUGAAGGGAUUGAUCUUAACGAGAUGUACGAUCAAGGCGCGACGGAACAACAUGCUGAUGUGCUUCCGGUCGCUCCCACCGCCCCUGAUGUCCCCCCGGAGGAAGGCUUUAACUUCGUCACGACGAACGAUUUCCACGAAUCGAAAGCACUGGAACUCGCACUGGCCGCGGAGGAAGAGCUAAACCCCCAGUGGAUCGACAUUUCGAUGCUGCAAACAAAACCGCUGGCCGCACUCGAUCCUGUAACGUCCGCCUGUGUGGCACUGCCGACAAAUGUCCCGUCGUACGUGGACCUGUCAUUUAACGUCAACGUGGCCGACUAUCUCCCCUCAACGGAAGCAUCGAACGUCGUUACGUCAACUGGCGGUCCCGUGCUUGCUGGUGAUCUUUCCACCGAAGGGUCUUCGCAAGUCUUUACGAUUGAAAAUUAUUUCGAUGAAAAUCUGCUGGAAAGUGCAAACGCCACCGUACAGAUCGAUCGUGCGAUACAGAACAGUGAGCAGCGGGCGGGCGGUGUGAAACAGGAAGAGCAAGAAGAGACGGAAAAGUUGAUCAACGAACUGUUUGCCGGAGAGUUCCUGCCGAAGAUGAAUUCGUCUUCCGAUGCGAUAGAACCGGUUGCUGGUGAACGUUGUGAUGAUGCUGCUGAUGGUGGUAGCGAGCUUUUGAACGAACGGAACAACAACAUGUUGCUAAGCACGCCGGUUGCGGUAUUGGAUGGAUCGACGAAAACGCUGAAGGACAUAACGGCCGAUGCCGAUAUUUGUCGCUGCGUCAACUGUCAGUGUGACCCGAUGCAGGGCUGCAUCGGGGGCUGUGGUCCCGAGAAUCCUUGUCGGGCGACAGCGGCAGCAACUUCCGGGUGUAACACUCCUUCCUCGCUGCUGCAAGACAUGUCAGCAUCUCACGACCGACAGCAUCCAGCAAUGCUGCCGAUUGCAUCCAUCCCGACAGAAUCGACCGUUUCUGAUAAUGUAAGCUUGCUUGGAUUGCAAUCGCAACAGCAGCUGCAACAAGUUCAACCUAUAAAACCACCACCAUUGCAAUCGUCUUGCUGUAAAGCAUCGGCAACAAACGGUGAUGGUAGUUCGGUUGGUGGUAUCGGUUCAAAACUAACCGAUCAACUGGAACCCCUCACCAACAUGCUGAAAAGCUUACAAAACUGUUCCUGUGCCGGUCCGCGGGAUGGACACUCCAAGGGUUGCUGUGUGGUCAUCUGCCUGAAAACGCUGGAAGCGCUCAAAAAGGUCCUGAGCACACACUCCAGCUUGAUACAGUGCCACAACAGCAGUGCCAAUGCCAUUAUGAACUGA